AUGUGUGUGUGUGCGUGUGCGUGUGUGUGUUAUUCACCUGCAGAACGUUGUCUAACCCUCGGGGGGUCACUGCAGGUUCUCGGCCUGGUGCAGAACAUGAGCGUCUUCCAGUGUCCCAAAUGUGACCACCGGACGCACAUCUUCGGCUCCGAUGGAGCACGGCGGCUCGCCGACACGCUGGGGGUCCAGUUACUCGGGGACGUCCCUCUUCAUCUGAACAUCAGAGAGACGUCUGACGAAGGGAAACCCGUCGUGGUGUCUUCUCCCGACAGCCCCGAGGCGGAGGCCUACAGGAAGGUGGCGGCGGCGGUCGUCCAGCGGCUCGAGGAAGUCAGCACCUGAUGGAUGUAAACAUGGAGACACGCGGUCAUGUGACACGUGAACAACAAACACUGUUGAUACACAAACAGAAACGCACAACACGUUGAGAAGCUCUGUUGUGUAUUGUGUGUAUUAGUGUUACUGAAUAAUACGCUGUGUUUAAUGAACAAAUGAAUAAAGCUGCUUUAGUUAGAAUAAUUAAAUGAAGCAGCAACGGAUAAACAUAUUUAAACGUCAUUACUGAGAAAUACAGUUAAAUAAGAGUUCAGUUUUAAUACAAUCAAAGGCAAUUCAAAGUGCUUUUUACAUACAAAUACAAAUAAUACAUCGAAAUAAAAGAAAGAAAGAAAGAAAAACAUGUUUCUUUGACUCGGUUUAAAAUAAACAUUUCCUGAUUCAAUCAGUAUAAUAAAUAAAUCUGUUUUUGUGCCGCUUUAAUAUUUUGGUCGCAAUAUUCACCUUUUUGUUUUUCUAGUUGUUUUAAAUAGAAACAAUAAAGCUACAAAGAGCUCAGAUCGGCUCGUGAAGUGUUCGUGGUCGUUGACCUCUGACAUGUGAGUCGUUGUUUAUUGUUUUUUUUUAGAUGAUUUGUUUGUGAAACUGAAACUUACGUAUUUUCUUUAUAAACAACAUUCGAAUGAAACGUGAAGGACGCUUUGAUGCUGGAGGACUUUGUCUCCCAGGGACAGACAGCGGAGGGAGCUCGCUGCGUGUCCAAUAAAAGAACGUCUUCACAUCUGAA